UGUCUUACGAUAUUAUAUGAUACGUGAUUACUCUUAAAUUGAUUUCAAGAAGUGAUUUUUUUAACUAUAUUUCCUACCUUCCCAAUUACAAAUAUUUACAAACUCAUUUGAAAAAAAAGUGUCAAUGCUUUGUGAAAUCUAAAUAAAACAGAAUGCAAAUCAGGCAACUCUUAUUUAAAUAGGAAAAUUGAUAGUCUGUCCCAGUAAUAAUGAUUAUGGGCAGAACUUUGUGCUGUCAGAAACUGAAUUUGUAUAAGUUAAAUUCAAAUUUGAAUUGUUCAGAUUGAAUCUGAAUUGUAACUUGAAUAAAUGCUUUUUAGAACUGAAUUUGAAUAAGCCUAAUUUGAAGUUCAAUGUAUUGGUUUGAAAAUUAUCGUCACUAAAUUGAAAUUGAAUUUUAUAUUUUGAAAAUGAAUUCAUUUGCUUUAAAACUUUAUUUUAUCCUUUAAAAAUGUAGCUCUUGAAUAAUUUCAGUUUCACUUCUCACCAUUCAGUUUCAGUUCCUAAGUUCAGUUUUUUGGGAUGUACAUCCAGUUCCGGUUCCAGAGUAAUCGAAUAGAACUACGUUUUAGCGAGGUGUACAGAAGGCAUUGAUUAGAUGCCUGAACCACCUCUGUUAUAAUUUGGCGUGGACAGAGACACCACACAUGAAGACACAGUGGUGGGAGUCACCGCACCGAGUGCUCCGAUUACACUAGACAUUCGGUUUUCUUGAUGCACAUACAUGCACACAGAUGUACAUAAAAAAAAAAAAUCAGGUCCAUGUGAAAGGGAAAUAUUUGUAUGUAUUUUUAAGCCCAGGACUGGUAAAUGUGUUGUUUGAGUGCUGCAGUUUGUUUUUGGUGCUCUAAAGUUCAGAGUUGUUCAGUAUUACUGCUCUGUUACUUUCAUGUAAGAAAAAACGAAAGAAAGAAAUCAAAAGGAGAAGUGUUUCAGAAGGAUAACCAAUGUGAAGUGUUUUUGUAAACCACAGGCUUUAGUUGAAUUUUCUGUUCUGAUAAAUGACAUGAUGCAGCAGCCUUUCUUCUCAGUCAUGGAGGGCAGAGAGAAGAGAGUGCUUCAUUUCUUGAUCCUCGGUAAAACAGAUUUUCCAUAAUGUUUAAUGCUUUUCUUUAUUGUAGAGACAGUAUGAAAAAGUAUUUCAGACACAGUUAUCAAUUUAAGUAUUCAUCACUUUACAACAACUUUUCUUACAGUAUUUUUAGCCUGAAUAACUGUUGUGAUCAUAUUCUAUGUUUUCAUUUUCCCAUAGUUGCUUAUCUCGUGGCCUCACCUUCACCUUCUGCAGGUCAGAUCAGAUUAGCUGGAUCUGGGUCCACUCGGUGCUCUGGAAGAGUUGAAAUCUAUAACUCUUUACGUCACUCCUGGGGAACAGUCUGUGAUGAUGGCUGGUGGGACUUAAAAGAUGCUGAGGUGGUCUGUAGAGAGUUGGGCUGUGGGAUAGCGCUGCAGACCCAGUGGUCUAAUCAUUUUGAUCAAGGUAGAGUAAAUGCCUUCCGCAGUAAUGUGGGCUGUUCAGGAAGUGAAACUUCUCUAGAUAAUUGUUUUUACGCCACCCCACUUAGUUACAAUUACUGUAACCAUGGUCAGGAUGCUGGCGUCGUCUGUUCAGAAACCCUCCCAGAGCCCACCAUCUCCUUGUACAGUAAUGAGGUCACCUGGGGUCAGGGCAUCAGCAUCACUUGCUCAGUCUCAGAUAAGUUCUCAGGUGGAACUUUUAUCCUCCAGAAGACUUCAGGCUCAUUCAACCGGAGUCAAACAUCCUCUACGAGCUCUAUUACAUUCAAUCUUCAUAAUGUGAACUUCGAUCAUGAUGGACUGUACCAGUGUCAGUACAUGAAAACAAGCCGAAGGUUCAACUCUUCCUCUGUCAGACUCACUGUUACUGUGAGUUUUCCAAAACCCAGUAUCUCCAUUUGCCCUGUUGGUGAGGUGACCUGGGGUCAGACUGUUGAAAUCACAUGUUCAGUCUCAACUCAGGUUUUAGGUGGAUCGUUCACUCUGAGUCAAAUUCAGGGUUCAUUCACGAGGAGCCAAACCUCCAACACAAACUCUGCUACCUUCAAUAUUCCUAACGUGGACUUUGAUAACGAGGGAUUGUACCAGUGUCAGUAUAAGAAAAGAGGCUCACGUCGUGAAUUUAGCUCCCCAUUAAGUGACUCGGUCAGACUCUCUGUUACUGUGAGACUGCAGACACCCAGCAUCUCCCUGACCUCUCCUAGUGCAGGUCUGGUCUGGGGUCCUGAAGGUGCAGAGAUCACCAGGGGUUACAGUUUUGUCCUCACCUGCUCCGUUAACUCCAGAUUUUCCAGUGGACGUUUCUUUCUCAUCUUCUCUGACUCCAACAUCACAGACAGCAAGCCAGCAGUCAACAACUCAGCCUCCUUUAGUUUCCCUGUAGCUGAGUAUGAACACCAAGGCAACUACAGCUGUGUGUAUGAAGUCACAGUGUCCACACGGACAUUCAAUUCUACUGCAACAGCACCCAUUACUGUCAUCAUUAAAUUUCCUUGGAUGCUGCUGGUCUCAUCUGUAGUUUCUAUUGUCCUGUUGCUCCUGCUGGUCUUGUUGGUGGUCUUCCUGAUGCUCAGGAGAAGGAGACAAACACAGCAGGCCCAUAUCCACACCACAGUGACUCUAAAAACCUGCAAUGAAGAAGAUGACGUCAGUGACGAGGAGAGGAUCUAUUUGAAUGUUGAGACACUGAACACCUACAGGAAUUUUACUAAACAAACAGGAAGAGCGAAGAAAAAGGAAACCGAUGGGAAAGAGACAAAAAUGGAAGCAGGCGAAGAACAAAGCAGUGCUGAUGAAAAUGGAUAUAUAUAUGUAACACAGACCUUUGCUGGACAAACUGUGGACCUUUAUGGUCAAGAGGAUAUUUAUCAAAACUUUUAGGUUUAUAUUGAUUAACAUCGAUCCAUUCAGAUUAACACUUAGAAUAAACUUAAACUCCCUUAUUUUAAGGGAGUUUAUUUAAUCAUUGAUUAGAACAUUUCAGCUUUUCAGGUUGUCUUCAUCAUUGUCAUUAUUGUGAUGCAUUAGUUCAAUAAAAAUGAAUGAUAUCCAGUUAUAAAGACAGAAAAAAAAAUUCUAACUUUUUACAGAUUAUACAUUAUGAAUUCUUUUCUCAUAAUAAUACUGCAUGAUAAGCUUUAGUCAACAUAGCACAAUAUUACUUUAUCGUGGUGGAGGUGUUUGUGUGUCCCAGGGAUCCUAGGGGCUAUGUUGUAGGUAGGUAGGGUCUCCCACGUUAAGUUUGUCUGGUCCCUCACCCAGGACCA